CGCAGCUUCCAAAUCUUGUCAUUCGUCGUUGUGCAUUUGGUUUCCUUUCCAAUGUCUGUUUUUUCGCGGAACCUUCUUCCUUCUUUGCUGGUUUUGGGAAAAUCAUGGAAAGUGGACUUUUCCUUCUUUUCUUCCGUCUUCUCCUCUUCUUCGACAUAUCGGCCGAGGAAACGUUCAUGAAUUCACCUGGCGAAGUUGGUACCUGAACAUCCAACUUAUGCUAUUACCUUUAACAUAACCGAACAUAUCAAACCUCCACGAUUCCUAAAGCACGUCCAUCUCGACACACCUAACUCGUCGAACCAUUGCGCAGACCAAGCCUCGACCUGCCCAACCUGACUUACACAAUACGAACAAAGCAUCACCACCAUGUCCGGCUACGACGACGACUUUGAAAACCGGGGCGCACGUCGCGCCCACGGUGGCCCAUACACAGCUAAACACCCCGUCCCAACCGUACAGGGAUACCGCGAACAUCGAGCCGAGAUCAAAGCGCAGGAAGAACAGGCGAACGCGGCCCAGCUCCAGCCAGACGCCAAUGGCAACGCCAACGAACCCCAGUCCAAGACUAGACGGGCGUAUGAUGCUGUCAAAGCCAUUCACAAGAAUGAAGACCAACAGGGGGAUCAAGACGGGAACCCAUAUCCGACUACGAAUAGGAACGAUCCCGAUGCGCCUGUGGAGGAUCCAGGGACACAACAGCAAGGUGUAUACGGUGGACAGCCCAACUCCGAGGAGAAUAACAACACACAGCACGGUAAUGGACAGCAGAAGCAGGAAAAGCAACAAAAGGGCCAGGAAAAGUCGGCAACAGAGACAGUAGCUGCCACCGUCGAUCCCAAAGAAAAGCGCAAGGUCAUGAAGAAGCAACAACCCCAGGCCCACGGUCGUGAGGUAACCGACCCGGUAACCCACUUGCCCAUCACGAUUCACGACAUGACGGACAAAAACCUCGGCUCUGUCCCCGAGAACUUCCCAUCGGUCGGGUCGGAUCAUCGGACCUUUACGGGCCCAGAUGCGGGGAAUAAGAGCCAAGAUCAUCUACAGGACGAGACGGUCGAGGUUGGACAGGCGCAUCAAGGCAUGCACAAGCUCUUUCCACCACCAGACUUCGAGGAGACAAAGCAGCAGAUGAUGGAGACUUAUCGAAAGGCAUUGACUGCUGGGCUAACCGGACUUAGUGUCGUUGGCAUGCUGGGACUUGGUUGCGUUUCGUUGCUAGGGUUUGGAUCCGAGUCCAGCAAAACAUCAGUGUGGAGCUACCUUUCCCUUCUCCUCUUCCUCUCCCUCACCGGCGCAGGUGCCUACGUUCUCAUUCAGGGUUUAUCCGGCUGGCUCGAAAAGCGCAUUUCCUCCAUCUUUGAAGAGGAAACCUGGGCCGCCGACCGCCACGCCGAAAAGACCAUCAGCAAGAACGGCGCCCCCCUACCCGAAUCAGCAGCAUGGUUGAACGGCUUGUUGGCCUCCGUCUGGCCUUUGAUCAACCCAGACCUGUUUGCUUCCAUCGCCGACAUGCUCGAGGACGUUAUGCAAGCUUCCUUGCCCAAGCUUGUCCGCAUGGUCAGCGUGGAUGACAUCGGCCAGGGAAGUGAGGCCUUUAGGAUUUUGGGGAUCAAGUGGUUGCCGACAGGAGCCGCGGGCCAAUCGGUGGACGAUCAGGGGAGAUUGAAGGAUGCCGGGGACAACGAUCGGGAGGUUAAAGGAGAGGGAGAGACUCAAGGUGGUGGAGGAGGAGAGAUGGUGCAGGAGGGCAUGGAAGCUGAAGAAGGGGACUUUGUCAACAUGGAGUUGGCGUUUGCUUACAGACCUAGGUCCUCGGGAAAGUCAAUUACCAGCAAGGCCAAGAAUGCGCAUCUUUACCUCAAGUUCUACUUGCCUGGUGACCUGGCUGUUCCGGUCUGGGUAGAACUAAAGGGGUUCGUGGGCAUCAUGCGUGUGCGGUUGCAGUUGACGCCCGAUCCGCCCUUCUUCGAGCUGUGCACCUUGACCUUCCUUGGCCAACCGCGAGUCAACUUGUCUUGCGUCCCCCUGUCGAAACACCUCCCCAACUUGAUGGACAUCCCGCUUAUCUCGUCCUUUGUCCAGUCCGCUGUCGACGCCGCCUUGGCUGAGUACGUGGCCCCCAAGUCACUUACGCUCGACAUCAAGGACAUGCUCGUCGGCGAUGACUUCAAGAAGGACACCAUUGCUCGAGGCGUUGUGGCUGUCUACAUUAAGAAAGCCCGUGGGUUCAAGUACGGCGAUGGCGGAUUUGGCCCUAUCGAGGGAUCCUCUGAUCCGUACGUGACCGUGUCAUGGGGCAAGGUCGGCAAGCCCAUGUUUUCCACGCGCAUCAUUAUCGACGAGCAAGAGCCUGUCUGGAACGAGUGGGCUUACAUUCUCGUCUCGCCGGAUGAGAUCAACGCCCAAGAGAACCUGCGCAUCCAAAUCUGGGAUUCGGACAAGCACACUGCUGAUGACGAUUUGGGCCGUGUCGAGGUUUCUCUCAAGGAGUUGAUGCAUAGCGAGGAAACCAAGAACAAGAUGCACGACCGCGAAGACCGGCUCAUGGCCUCUGACCCCGACGAGACCAUGCCCGGCACCAUUUCCUGGGCAGUCGGCUACUUUGCCAAGGCACACAUCCAGCAGAGCCAGCUUGAGAAGCAGACCUUUGACCCAUCCAUCCGCUCGCUCGACUCCCUGAAGCAAAAUGUCCACGACAGCACAGAGUCCAAGCUGCGCGAAGCCUCCCUCUCCAAGGACAUGUCUGAAGAAAAACACCAACAGGAAGCUCAAGACAUGAAGGCCAAAGAAGAUCAAAUGAUCAUUUCCUCUCCGCCUCUGUCCUCCAUGCCAUCAGGAAUCCUCUCCAUCCAGAUUCACAACAUCACGGGCUUGGAAAUCACUCCGCUGAACGAAGACCGCAACCGCUCCACCGGCGCCGACGAAGUCAAGGAAGACGCCGCCGAGCAGUCGGAUAGCCUGCCAGACUCGUACUGCACCAUCAUCCUCAACCAGCAAAAGAUCUACCGUACCAGAACCAAGCCCAAGAACGCCAAGCCCUUCUUCAAUGCCGGCACCGAAAGGUUUGUCAAGGAUUGGACCACUUGCGAGGUGAUCAUCAGCGUGAGGGAUAGCAGAGAGGGGGAGGAGGAUCCUUUGCUGGGGGUGGUGUAUUUGCCCCUGAGAAAGGUGUUUGAGCACAGGAGCCAGGUGAUGGAGACGUUCCCGUUGGCAGGAGGAAUCGGCAACGGCAGGAUGAGGGUGAGUAUGGUUUGGAGAGGAGUGGAGAUGGGAGAGCAGGUGAUGACCAAGGAGCUGAGGGGAUGGGACAUGGGGACGGUGGAAGUUAAGGGGGGUGUGAAGUGGGUUGGUGGUGGUGCAGGUGAUGACACGGAAGGAAGGACGGGGGAACUGGAGAGGUUGAGUGGAUGCAAGCUCAAAUUGAAGACCAAGAUUGGCAAGGGAAAGAUGGAUCCGCUGGAGGGAAAAAAGGGCGUGUGGGUACCCAAGAGACGGCAUGUUGGUGGUCAUGGGCAGCAGAGACAGCCCGGCGAUGGCAUCAGCCAGGGAAGCAUCUUUUUGGGAGUCGUCAAACGCUACCAGAGCAUGUUGCUGCUUCAGUAUAAGGACAAGCACUCUCUCCUGCCAGAUUCCAACCCUGCGUUGGCCGUUCUCUGGCUGUCUUGCAUUCCGGACGAGGAGGACGUCACUGUUCGUUUGCCGGUCUGGAAGGGAGGCAAAAAGCAGCUCAAGAGGGCCAGCACCUGUGCUGAUUAUAACGGGUUGGAAGAAGGCGAGAAGCCGUUGGGCGAGGUCGAGUUCACAGUCAGGUUCUGGAGGGGAUUGUCCGGAUAUCAUAGAAAGUAUGCGAGCAAGCCGAGGAACAGCGACGUCAAGGCGGUGAUGGAGGUGUUGGACACGGUGUGUGAUGAGAAGAUGCACGAGGACGACGAUGGCGGUGCUGGUGGUUCCUGGUCGGAGACAGAUAGCAGCGAUUCUGGUUCGGACAGCGAUUCAAGUCUGUCUGAUGACGAGUACAAUGCCCGCCACAACAUCCACCCACCUCAGCAUCGGGACACUCCGCAAGAAGCAGCCACGCGUAAAGCUCUCCGAAAGCACGGCGAUAAGACGGCCGCUUCCUCAUGCAGCAGUUCAGAAUCGGACACCGAAGACCUCCAGGAUACCUCGGACGACCAUCACAACCCCGUCUCCAAAGCCACGCACAUACUCAAGCGCAAGUUAUCUGCCAAGCUUGACGGCGACAAGAUUGGGUCCGAUCACGACGACGGGAAACGCGGUGUGGUGGCGCAGGUGCAGGAUUACAAACAGCAUCGAAAGCAGCUGCAUAGAAAACAUCGAGGCGUGAUGCAGUGGAAGGCGGCGAGGACGCUGGAUUGGCUGGGUGGCAAAGUGAAGAAGGGGAAGGGCAAGGUGAUGGAGUUGGGGGAGCAUGGGGAUAAGGACACGGGGAUUGAGACUGAGGUGUAAGCCGGUGUGAGAAGUACAAGUUGUACAAAGUUGUAGUGUUAGCGAGUGCCUGAGGUAUCGUUUACCAGAAAUACAAUAUCCCAAGGUUACGGUGUUGUUAUUUGCGAGUAUGAUGUUUGUUGUCGCUAUUUUGUAGUCCGUAAUCGAGCUAUUCCCAUGUUAACAAACCACGACAUUUCGUCAUUCUUGUCAUCAGUCCAAUGAACAAAAC